UCACCUGUCGCACCACCAUUUCGCCACCGUCCACGGACCCACACCACCAUGCACGUCCACCCUCUCACGCUCAUUGUUGCCUCUGCUGUCGUCCUGGUCCUAGUCCCGGCCUUGGCCGCGCCUAGCCGGCUCCCGCUCUGCCCCAAGUGCGAGGAGGUCCGUGGGGCGUCCAAGGCGUGCAAAGGCGCGAGUGGUGAAGACAAGAUCAUUUGCGAUGUGCUAGUGAGUGUUUGCUCCUUCUUUGAGUGUCCCAUCAACGAGGUCGCCGACCAUCUGCCAGCCUCGGACCAUGACGGCGACAAGUUCUCCACCGAUUUUGGCCUCCGUGGCUACGCGUGGCGCGGCAAGGACUGCGACGACCACGCGCCCGAAAUCUACCCUGGACGACGAUCUGUCCCGCGAGGCACCGAUGCCGCCGCAGACUACAACUGCAACGGGAUAUCCGGCCGUAACGCAUCCGGAACGUAUGAGGAGCUCUUCUGCGGCGACAAGUUUGCGCCACAGGGCCUGAUUCUGCUCUCGGACUCGACCGGCGCCCACUUUGAUGUCCCGCUGCGGCCGGCCCAUCUACCCGAGUGGCCCAAGAUGCUCGAUACCGAGCUCGACUGGCCUGAGUGCUCGUGGGCGACCGCGUGGGAAGAUGACGUCAAGCGGUGUGACGGGCCGUACAUCCUCGGCCACGUCGACUCGAUCUACAAGCGGCUCGUGGAGCGGAACCGUUGCAAUCUGCGCGACUACCAAAACAUUGCGGUCAACGGCAUGCGAUCGGGACCGAUGGCCGCCGAGCUAGUCAACACCACCGCCCGCCACAAGGAAACUGACGCACCUGCCCUCGUUCUCCUCGCAGAAGUCGCCAACGACGUGUGCAACCCGCACCCGGGCACCUCGCACAUGACCGAGCCGGCGGCAUACAAGACCAACAUGCUCUCCAUCCUCGAUCAGCUCGAUGCCAUGCUGCCGCCCAACUCCAACGUCGUCUUCUUUGGCUACCUCCACGGCGAGGCCUACUAUCAGGCGAUGAAGGACAAGCCUUAUCCCUUUGCCGGCAUCACCUACCUCGAGGCCUGGGAGUUUGUCAACAACCAGACUGUCGGCGCCAAGCACGGCGACGCACGGACGCUCAACCCGUGCUACGGAUGGCUUAACCCGAACGCCACGCUUCGUGCCUUUACUUCGGCCCGUGCUCGCGCGCUCGAGGCCGUCUACAAGGACAUCAUUGCCACGAAGCACUAUGCCUCGUUCGACAUGUACUACUUUGACCUGCCCGACGAGGACAUUAUUGCAUCCUGGGCCGCCAAGGGAGGCAACGUCGCCGACCUCGUCUCCCAGGUCGGCGGUGUCCACCCAUCGCUGGUCGGCUCCACGCUCUGGGCCGAUGCCAUCUGGACCAUCCUCGAGACCAACAUCCCGCAUGUUCUCGGUCCGGUCAACCCCCACAACGCCGCCAUUACCGCCAUGUUUGGCGACCAGGGUGGCCACGGCGACGGCCGCUGAAAUCAGAGAACACGGCUGUCGACUCGCUUCGGCAUUUGGCGCCAGCCCCUCACUCGACACGCCCACGCCCGCGCCCACGCCCGCGCCAGCCACUCCUCUUUCCUCUCUUCAUACACAACAAGUCAAACACAUGCUCCGCAGAGCCCCCACCCGCAUGGAGCUCACCCGCCGCGACGAGGAAGAGUACCUCGCUGC